AUGCAUCCUCUCGACCCCUUGACGCCGGCGGAGAUUGCCAUCACGUCGAUGCUGAUCAAGAACGCCAACCCGGACCACAGCGUGCACUUCAAGAACAUUACUCUAGUAGAGCCGCCGAGGAAGCAGUUGCGAAAGUUCCUCGUAGCCGAGCGAAAUGGCUUGGUCGGGCCCAAACUGGUGCGUCGCGCCUCGUCGCUGUACUACCACCGCGGCACGGCCGACUUGUUCCUCGCGACAGUCGACCUGGACGCGCAGAAGCUGGAGAAAGCCGUCCAAGUCGACGGUCGGUACCACGGCCAGGCCGACAUGGACGAAGUCAUCGAGGUCCGGGACGCCUGCCUCAGGCACCCGCGGGUCCGGGAGGAGAUCGAACGCUACGGUCUGCCAGCCCACUUCACCGUCGUCUGCGACACCUGGCCGUACGGGCGCGACUCGGACCAGCGCGACCAGCGCCAGGCACAGUGCUACUUGUACGCGAGGGACAGUUCGCACCCGGGCUCCAAUGCCUACGACCACCCCUUGCCCUUCUCGCCUAUCGUCGACUAUAUCACCAAGGAACUCGUCGAUAUUGUGCGUCUGCCAGUCGGCUCAGACCACUCCAUCGACCCGGACUUCAAGUACAUCCCGCACACCCCUAAGGAGUGGCACCACGACCUACAGACCGAAGCGAAGCGGACCGACCUGAAACCGCUUACCGUACACCAGCCGCUAGGCGCCUCCUUUAAGGUCGACGGCUACCUGGUGACCUGGCAGAAGUGGCGCUUCCGGGUCGGCUUUAACUGGCGCGAGGGUAUGAUCCUCCACGACGUUACCUACGAUGGCCGCGAGCUUUUCCACCGUCUUAGCCUGAGUGAAAUGUUUGUCCCGUAUGGCGAUCCGAGGACGCCGUAUUCGAGAAAGAGCGUCUUCGACGUUGGCGACGUCGGCGCCGGUGUUGCCGCCAACAAUCUGGCCCUGGGCUGUGACUGCUUGGGUCUGAUCAAGUACUUCUCCUUCGCCAUUAGCGAUUCGAAUGGCAAAGUGGUCGAAAGGCCCAAUGCGAUAUGUAUGCAUGAAAUCGACGACGGUAUAGGCUGGAAACACACAAAUAGUGCCACUCAGACGGUAUCUAUUACACGAUCUCGCGUCCUUGUCCUACAGACGAUCAUCACGGUUGGUAACUACGAGUAUAUCUUUAUGUGGCACCUCGACCAAGCCGCUGGUCUCCAUUAUAGGAUCCAGGCUACUGGUAUUCUCUCUACAGUGCCUAUCGCCCCUGGGCACCAGGUUCCCUGGGGAACGAAUGUCAACGACGGAGUUAUGGCUCCAUUUCACCAGCAUUGUUUCGCCCUACGAAUCGAUCCUUGUAUCGACGGAGACGGGAAUAGCUUUAUGGAGGAGGACUCGGUCGCUAUGCCGUUGGAUGAGAACAACCCUGUCGGCGUCGGCUACGUGACCAAGAAACACGUCGUGCCGACAUCGGGGCCGUCGGCCGCCGCUCCUAACCGGGUGCAUAAGAUCCUCAACCCGUCCGUUAUCAACAAGGUGACUGGGCAUCCCGUGGCGUACGCCAUCCACAGCGCCCCGAAGCAGAUGCUCCUGGCUCACCCGGGGUCGUGGCACGCCAGACGCGCCAAGUACGCCACCCAGCCGUUCUGGGUCACUUCGUAUCGAGACGGCGAACUCUACGCCGCGGGCGACUACACCUACCAGUCACUGCCAGAGGAGGUCGGCGGCAAGGCGGGCGACGUCGGCACCUGGGCUGCCCGCGGGGACAAGGUCGAUAACGAGGAUAUUGUCCUGUGGCACUCGAUCAGUUUGACCCACAACCCUCGCCCGGAGGACUAUCCCGUCAUGCCCUGUGAUACCAUGGUGGUCAGCCUGAAGCCCAGCGGCUUCUUCGAACAGAACCCGGCCCUCGACGUCCCGCAGAGCACUCAGCGAACCAACCACAGCGUCCUAUACGAGGAACGGAGUGGUUGCUGUGAGCCAAAGGACUCCAAGUUGUGA